UGUGUGCGUGUGUGUACGGUAGUGUGUGUGUGUGAGUAAGGAGUGUGUGUGUGUAGUUUCAUUCUGACUGUCUGACUGUCUUUCUUCAGUUGAGAGAGUAAAAAAGAAAAAGAGGGAAGACAAUAGAAAAUAAGAAAGAAAGACAGGAAGAAUCUCCCUCCCUCUUUGAUCUCUUUGGUCUGUUUUCUUUGAUCUCGCGCUGUAGACAGAUAGUAGUAGAUGGAGCGCGCGAAGCUGAGGCAGGGGGAGCAGGAGGACGCGGCGGCGGCAGCGGCAGCGGCAGUGGCGGGGGGGGAGCAGCACUCUCUGAACGGGCACUGCGAGGGCGGCCGGUCGAAGGUGGCCCGGUGUCGGGAGUCCCCCGGGGAAGCGUCCGGCAGCGGCGCGAGGACCCCCGGCCAGAGCGGCCACAGCUCCUCGGUGAUGGAGAGCUGGAAGGAGGAGCGCACGCGGAGCGUGGAGGACAACGAGAUGAGCCUCCCCAGCAUCGCCGCUGCCUACACCACCAUCCUCCGGGGGCUAGGAGAAGACCCCCAGAGACAGGGCUUACUGAAGACCCCCUGGAGAGCUGCCACUGCCAUGCAGUUCUUCACCAAGGGCUACCAGGAGAAGAUCAUAGAUGUUCUGAAUGACGCCAUUUUUGACGAGGAUCACGAUGAGAUGGUGAUUGUGAAGGACAUCGACAUGUUCUCCAUGUGUGAACACCACUUGGUUCCCAUCUUCGGCAGAGUUCAUAUAGGAUAUCUCCCAAACAAGAGGGUGCUGGGUCUCAGCAAACUAGCCAGGAUUGUGGAGAUCUACAGCAGGAGAUUACAAGUUCAGGAACGACUGACCAAACAGAUCGCAGUGGCCAUCACUGAAGCUCUGCAGCCGGCCGGAGUGGGCGUGGUCAUCGAGGCAACGCACAUGUGCAUGGUGAUGAGGGGCGUGCAGAAGAUGAACAGUAAGACGGUGACCAGCACCAUGCUGGGGGUCUUCAGAGAGGACCCCAAGACCCGGGACGAGUUCCUCACGCUGAUCCGGAGCUGAGGAGCAUCAUACAGCUCGUCCCCCUGUAACACACACUUCCUCAACCACUGAGUCAUCUCUAAUCAUCCGCCUUCACUGCAGGCUCCGCCCAGCCGAGCCCACCUGACCAAUGGGCACGGACUUACCUCAGCUCCACCACCUCCCCCAGUAGUCUCUUUACGUACACGUGUACAUGUGUGUGUGUGUGUGUGUGUGUGUGUGUGUGAUAUUGUAUGUAUUAUGUGUGUUUGUGAGAAAGAGAGCACAGUAAGUGUGCAUCACUAUAGGUAGUUUAUUAUAGUUAUAAGGUGCUGUACGGUUCGGCAGGUGAUUGAUUGAUAUACAGGAUGUGAUUCAGUCUGUAGAUGAAAAAUCAUCAGAUAUAAUUUAAUAAUUUGAUUUUUAACACCUGAAACCAUAUUUUAAUAAUUAGACAGUCAAAUAUUCCACUUUAAAGGAGAAGUCUGGUGUGAAACUGACUUGGGUGACAUAGUGAAACAUGAUGGUAAAUAUAUAUAUAUACUUAUAUUGAAUAGCCCACACCUCGGUUCUGCUUCCCAAAUACAGAGGUUUUAGCUCAUGCUAAAACGAGCCACAAUGCUAGUGAUAGGGGCAUAGAGUUGCCGAUUCAAAUAAAUGGCUAUUUUUACAUUAUUAUCAAACUUAAAGUAGAUCCACACUUUAGUAGAACACAUUAGUAGAAUUAUAAGAGCCCUGAUAUGUAAAAUAAGACAUUGGGAACUUUAAAAGUGCACAGAUAUCCUUCAAAAAAAUCCAUUGGCGAGAACUAGACAAAAUAUAUGUACACAGACAUAAAUUCUUCAAAAAAGUCAAAUCAAGCAAUCGCAAAUAAAGCAAGAAAAUACAGAUUUUAUGGCUUAAAUUUAUAGACAAAAAUCUAAAUAACUUGACUGGUAACCUUUUGUGCUUACUUUGUUGUUUAAAUUACUUAGAAUAACAAUGCUUAGUACAGCCUUAUCCGGACGUGUUUAGUUUCUCAGGGGUUUCUGGGGUAAUUUUCUCUUUUUUGGUGGGUCCUCUGUGAUUUUAUCCUCUACUGUUUUUCUCUGAACUCCGUGCUCCUCCGGUAAUUUUAGUCUCGUCCAGACGCACAUCUCUGAGUUUCGUCUCCUCGCCUUUAAUAAAAAAGCUAUUUGUCCACUGCCGCGCACCGUAAUUACACUUUGUGUGCUUGUUUCCAUGGAGAUCCACGUAAACACAACAGCGAGUGGAAAUGGAGGAGCUACUGAACCCUGUUUUUUUUUUUCAAUUGCAGAUACAAUUGCAAGAGUUUAAUCACUGAGUAGAAGUGUGAAAUAUUUUUUACAGAUAAGGCUUAAGACAACAAUUCUUAUCAGAGACAAAAAAAAAAACUAAAUUUAUUGCCUUAAAAUGAAAGAAUUUCACUUGCUAUUUAUUUAUUUAUUUUUUUAGUUUUAUUUGCUGUAUUGUGAGCCUGUUGGGAGCAUUGGUUAAAAGCUCUGUAUUUGGGAAUGCUGGGCUAUUUGUACAACCCAAGUCCAUUUAACACCAGAUUUCUCCUUUAAAUAUUUAUAUAACAACCAGUAUAAUCUGAUGUGCUGCCAUUCAUUUAAUUGUACUGGUAUUAUUUUACAUUCCAGCCAAAGGAAAUUGAACUGACAGCAGUUUUAGUACAGUACUGAUUACUAUAUAUAUUAUUGCUGUCCAAAGAAAAUUUCUAUUGGUCCAUUGGUCAAGAACUUUAACAAAUAUAUGUAUAGUAUAUUUACUGUUUACUCGAUUAAAUGGAAAUUACAAUUAAAUUAAAUUAUUUUUAAUUAUACAGUAUGUUUAGUACUGUACAGUAUUAAAUAUAUAUUAUUCUAAAAUAUUUAACUUAAAAUCCCAACAAAACAACUUAUAAUAAAAAUGCAAGUAAUUAUUGUAAUAAUGAACAGAGUUAAUAAUUUCUCAACUUAACCACUGUAGUGAAAACGUGUGUAAAUUAACAGUAUAUUGCUGAUAAAUAAAAUCAUUCAGUACUGUCAUGUUUCUCCAUUUACACUACUGUUCAAAAGUUUGGAACUAAAAAACAUUAUUAUAUUAUAUUAUAUUUUAAAUGAUUGUAAUAUAAUAGACUUUAUGUGUUAAUUGGAGAUUUUUUUUUAAUUAUUGCAAAUUCAUGUUAUUAGAACUUCUAUUAUUCUGGAUUGAUUUUUAAACUAUACACUGCCAAACAUG